ACUUCCGGCAUCCCGCGCCUGCGCCCUGGCAGCCGGGAAGGCGGCCAGGCGGCGGCCGCGCCUGGAACCGGAAGUGAAGGCAGGUUCCCGCCUCCGUUCGGGCUGCCGCCGCCAUACGCGCUCGCAGUGCUUAGCUCUUCCGUCAGAACACUGGUGUCUUUCCCUUCUGUUCCUCGAACGCCUCUUUCCCCUUCUUUCUCACCUGCUCUGGGACCACUCACCCCAAGACCUCCCUCUUCCCGUGCUGGCCCAGUUAUGGCAGAGAAUGACGUCGACAACGAGCUCUUAGACUACGAAGAUGAUGAAGUGGAGACAGCGGCUGGGGGAGAUGGGACCGAAGCGCCUGCCAAGAAAGACGUCAAGGGCUCCUACGUCUCCAUCCACAGCUCUGGCUUCCGAGACUUCCUGCUCAAGCCAGAGCUGCUCCGGGCCAUUGUAGACUGUGGCUUUGAGCAUCCAUCAGAAGUCCAGCAUGAAUGCAUCCCUCAGGCCAUUCUGGGGAUGGAUGUCCUGUGCCAGGCCAAGUCGGGCAUGGGGAAGACAGCAGUGUUUGUCCUGGCCACACUGCAGCAGCUGGAGCCAAUCACUGGGCAGGUGUCUGUGCUGGUGAUGUGUCACACUAGGGAGCUGGCCUUUCAGAUCAGCAAGGAGUACGAGCGCUUCUCAAAGUACAUGCCGAACGUCAAGGUGGCAGUGUUUUUUGGCGGUCUGUCUAUCAAAAAGGAUGAAGAGGUGCUGAAGAAGAACUGCCCACACAUCGUCGUGGGGACUCCCGGCCGGAUUCUAGCCCUGGCUCGAAAUAAGAGCCUGAACCUCAAGCACAUUAAACACUUUAUCUUGGACGAGUGUGACAAGAUGCUUGAACAGCUCGACAUGCGUCGGGAUGUCCAGGAAAUCUUUCGCAUGACCCCCCAUGAGAAGCAGGUCAUGAUGUUCAGUGCUACCUUGAGCAAAGAGAUCCGGCCAGUCUGCCGCAAGUUCAUGCAAGAUCCUAUGGAGAUCUUCGUGGAUGACGAGACCAAGUUGACGCUGCACGGGUUGCAGCAAUACUACGUGAAACUGAAGGACAAUGAGAAGAACCGGAAGCUUUUUGACCUUCUCGAUGUCCUCGAGUUCAACCAGGUCAGUAUUGAGGGUUUCUGUGGGCAUGAGCACUGGGCAGCUCCAGCUGUGGCAAAAGCCUGUGUAGGAGGAGCCUGUGUUUGAGGAGCCAGUAAGCGAAGAGGUGAGAGUGGAGAGCAAGUCUGAGGCGUUGCUGGGUGAGAGGACUUGAUGACCUCAGCAAGUGGAGAAGCCUUGAGAUGGGGACGCUCAGCUGUCGCCUCUUGUAGUCACCUGAGAGUAGCAGUGUCAGCCUGUGCUCAGGUGGCCGCAGAGCCAAUAUGGGGCUCUUAGUGUUUGAAGAGGCUCAUCUGCUUUUCUAGGCUGUAGCUGUCAUUCCUAGCAUUUUCCUGAGGUGGCCUCACCCUUGUGUGCCGGUGUGAGGUCUUGUGUCAUGGCAGCUCAGAGGCAGGCUUUCAGAAGUCUUGUCCUAGACCCAGGCAGAUGGUUCAAGAGGAGAAAAGAACAUCCAAGAAGAAACGGGAUAAGGGACUGGGGAACUCCGUUAGGAAUUCUGCCAGAGCUGGGCUGUGGUGGCAUCUGCCUUUAACCUCAGCUCUCAGGAGACGGAGGCAGCCAAGCCUCUUGAGUUCAACUCCAGGCUGGUCUAUAGACUGAGGUCCAGAACAGCCAGGGCUACACAGAAACCAAAGAACUAGCCAAGCAAAAGUUCUGCCAGGUGUGCUGGCCCACAAUUUUUUUUUUUUUUUUUUUUUUUUGGUUUUUUGAGACAGGGUUUCUUUGUGGCUUUGGAGCCUGUCCUGGAACUAGCUCUGUAGACCAGGCUGGUCUUGAACUCAGAGAGAUCCGCCUGCCUCUGCCUCCCGAGUGCCGGGAUUAAAGGUGUGCGCCACCAUCGCCCAGCUGCUGGCCCACAUUUUUAAACUCGAGCACUGAUUAGUGAAAGACAGGGAACCUUUGGGAGUUAAGUUCUGGGCCAGCCUGGUCUACAUAAUGUGUUUCAGGACAACUAGGGCU